CAUGGCAUGAAAGGAAGCCAUCCAUUGUUUACCAUUGUCAUGUGACCUGCUGUGAUUGGUCACAGCAGGUCACAUGGUACUGGCAAUGGGCCGGUACUCAGAUCUGUCAUCUGUCCGAAGUACACAGCCGGGGCGGACUGACCAUUUGGAAACUUGGGCACUGCUCGAGGGCAUGGGGUCAGUAGGGGGAGAUGCCCCUGGUACCUUUUUCAUAGACUUUUUUGAGCUUGGGCAAGGACACAGGGGCCCCAUGAUCCCCUAUUGCCCGGGGGCCCCAUGA